ACAUCAUGUCUGAAAUAAUAUACUUGGACGAUAAACGUUAUCCUGGUCCUGAAACUUUUCCAGCUCCAAGUUAUGUGAAAGGUAUACCUACACAAGAAGAAUUAGAUUCUUUACCUAGGAUGUUUACUUGGGGUGAAUUGAAAGAUUUCAUCAAGGAUGGAUCUUUAGAGUUAUUAGGAAGGAAUUAUUCUUUACAAAAGAGAUAUGAUAGAUGGAUGACUGGGAUUAAAAGGGAAUAUGGAUCUACAGAGAAAUAUCUUUCCACAACUCGACUCCCCUGGUCUUCCUUCACCCAAACAACUACAUCACCCUCCCAAUCACCCCAACCACCAGGAUCAACUCCCUCAAAUCCAGAUAAUCUUACCGGUCGAUCCGCCCCAGUCUCAGGAACUUCAACGCCCUCUGCUGGAUUUGUCUCACUAUCUUCUUUAUCAAACAAACGAAAACGACACGAACGUUCUCUCAAACGACAAUCUUCUACUCCGGUCAGUGGCGAUGAUCAAGCUGUUACGAAUGGAUUUGGUUCGAGUCAAUUCCAGAAUGCUUUUACUAAAAUGGAUGAGAAAUCUACUGGAUCCAGUGUAGGGUCGGGUGAAGAUGACGACGACGACGACGAAGAAGAAGCAGAGUAUUUACGAUACGAUCAUGAAAAAGGAUUGGACAGGACGAAAUACGCUUGUUUGAUCAAUGAUUGGCCUUACAAUAUACCUUAUGGCGUUAGACAUUAUUGUGUUUGGUCAAAGGUACCAAUAGCUCAUCCUGAACUAGUAAACUACGAUCCCACUCUAUGGGCAAGAAUAGAAUUUUGUGGUUUAUCAGGAUUCACAGGUGUUCUAGAUCAUCCUCCUCCUUCGGCAGGAGGAGGUACACCUACCAGUGGGAUUAGUCCUACUCCUCCAGAAGGACAACCUUCACCUUCUUCUGUUGAUCCGGCAAUCACAGGUGAUUCUCCUGUAGAAGUAUCCCAGACUUCUUCAUCUCCAGCCAUCCCCACUACUUUCCCUUUGGGACACUCAUCUGUCCAAGUAAACGAUCCGAGCAAAAUCAACGGCAAUCCGGGUCACAAUUCUGUCAACGUUGAAGACUCCAUGAAAAUCCACGGAAAUAACGAUCAUACAUCUGUCAACGUGAACGCCCCCAUGAAAAUCAACGGUAACUCAGUUCACACUUCUAUCGAAAUUGACAACCCUUUGCAGACCAACGGCAAUUCAACUUCGUCCAUCGAACACAAAACUACGAAUGGGUCAAACCAUACUCCUCCAGGAAUAGCCAACCAAUCAAGCGACCCAAACGGGGAGAUACAGAUACAGAAGAACGGAGGAGAAGAAUUAUCAGGUCUUGUGAAACUACGAUUAGAAUCUGAAAAAGAAGAUUUAAAAGUCCCACCUUCUGUCGAACGUCUCGCAGGGCCUGAAAUGAGGAAAUGGGCAGGUGUGACAUAUGAAUCCCCUGGUGGUAAAGAAGUAGGGAAUAUGGUCAGAGGUUUAUGGGAUGAAAGAGGUUGGGAAUGUUUAUGGUUUGUCAAUCCUCCUCAUUUACAAAGCGUACCGACAUUAUCACAUUUUCACAUUUUCGCAAGACGUAAAACCCCUGAAGAGAUUGAUGCAGCUGAAGAAGUUUUAGGACGGGGUUAACGAUGAGUUUUCAACUUGAUGAUAUACUCUUUGAAGGGAUAAAGAUGAUGUUGGUAUUGAACUCAAAAGUCAUAAGUUUCGUAUCGUAAAGCGAUCAUCGACGAGUAUGAUUCCGGUGUUCUUUAUAUCGUUCAUUGGAAUUGUUUUUUCAAUAGGAUUUUAUGUUCAUCAUGUCACAUCAUCCCUUUGC